UAGUUUGUAUGCGGCGGUGCAGCGCCAGGGUGGUUUGCCAAGUAUAGAAAAAGUCUUGAAAAUGUUGUCCAGACUCUUUCGAAUGCACGGCCUUUUUGUAGCCUCUCAUCCAUGGGAAGUCAUUGUGGGAACAGUGACUCUCACCAUCUGUAUGAUGUCCAUGAAGAUGUUCACUGGGAACGAUAAGAUAUGUGGCUGGAAUUAUGAGUGCCCCAAACCUGAAGAAGAUGUUCUGAGCAGUGACAUCAUCAUCCUGACAAUCACGCGCUGUAUAGCAAUCCUUUAUAUAUAUUUCCAGUUUCAGAACCUAAGGCAGCUUGGGUCAAAAUACAUUUUAGGUAUUGCUGGCCUCUUCACAAUCUUCUCAAGUUUUGUUUUUAGUACAGUGGUAAUUCACUUCUUGGAUAAAGAAUUGACAGGUUUAAAUGAAGCUUUGCCAUUCUUCCUGCUUCUGAUUGAUCUUUCAAGAGCAAGUGCAUUAGCCAAAUUUGCGCUCAGUUCCAACUCACAGGAUGAAGUAAGAGAAAAUAUUUCACGUGGAAUGGCAAUUUUAGGCCCUACGUUUACACUGGAUGCACUUGUGGAGUGUCUUGUGAUUGGUGUUGGUACUAUGUCAGGUGUACGACAACUUGAAAUUAUGUGCUGCUUUGGCUGUAUGUCUGUUCUUGCCAACUACUUUGUCUUUAUGACCUUCUUUCCAGCUUGUGUGUCCUUGGUAUUAGAGCUUUCGAGAGAGAGUCGUGAAGGGCAUCCUAUAUGGCAGCUUAGCCAUUUCGCUCGUGUUCUGGAAGAAGAAGAAAAUAAACCAAAUCCUGUAACACAGAGGGUCAAAAUGAUUAUGUCGCUGGGUUUGGUUCUUGUUCAUGCCCACAGUCGCUGGAUAGUGGAACCAGCUGCUCAAAACAGUACUGUAGACAAUGCAGUGGGAUUGGAUGAGAAUGCACCGAAGAGAAUUGAACCUAAUGUUUCGUUAUGGCAGUUCUACCUUUCUCGAAUGGCCAGUAUGGAUAUUGAACAAGUAAUCACUCUUGGAUUAGCCCUUCUCCUUGCUGUGAAAUAUAUUUUCUUUGAGCAAGCAGAGACUGAAUCCACACUCUCACUGAAGAAUCCCAUAACAUCUCCAGUGAUGGUCCAGAAAAAGGUCCCUGAGAACUGUUGCAGGAAGGAAUCUGGACUUCUGAAAAACAAUCAGAUAUCUAACACAGUAGAAGAAGCUUUAGUUCCCAAAGAUGGAAAUGCUGAAGUCAUAAAACCUGUAUUAGCAGAAUCAUCAACCAAGGCUACAUUUGUAGUUGGCAGUUGCAACCCUGUGGAAAUUUCAUUUCUUAAUAGAAAAGAGGAAGAAGUUGAGUUACCUAAGGAACCACGUUCUAUUGCGGAAUGUGUUUGUAUACUUGGAAAUGCAGAGAAAGGAGCAAAAUUCCUUACUGAUGCUGAGGUCAUCAGCUUAGUUAAUGCUAAGCAUAUUCCUGCAUACAAACUAGAAACCGUGAUGGAAACUCAGGAGCGAGGUGUGUCCAUUCGCAGACAGAUGUUAUCUAAGAAACUCCCUGAACCUUCAUCUUUGCAAUAUCUUCCUUAUAGGAAUUACAAUUAUUCUUUGGUUAUGGGAGCUUGCUGUGAAAACGUGAUUGGAUAUAUGCCUAUUCCUGUAGGCGUAGCAGGACCACUAUUUUUGGAUAACAAAGAGUUUCACGUGCCAAUGGCAACAACAGAAGGAUGUCUUGUAGCAAGCACAAACAGAGGAUGUAGAGCAAUAUGUCUUGGUGGAGGAGCAAGUAGCCGCAUUCUAGCAGAUGGGAUGACUCGAGGACCUGUUGUAAGGCUGCCCACUGCUUGCCAGGCUGCAGAAGUGAAAGUUUGGCUUGAAAGCCAUGAAGGCUUUAAAAUAAUGAAGGAAGCUUUUGAUAGCACAAGUAGGUUUGCCCGCCUACAAAAACUUAUCAUCAGUUUGGCUGGUCGUAACCUUUAUAUCCGUUUUCAGUCUGGAACAGGGGAUGCAAUGGGAAUGAAUAUGAUUUCAAAAGGUACUGAAAAAGCACUGGCAAGGUUGACUGAAGAGUUUCCUGAUCUCCAGGUUAUAGCUAUUAGUGGUAACUAUUGUACAGAUAAAAAACCUGCUGCUAUAAACUGGAUAGAAGGAAGAGGGAAGUCUGUUGUCUGUGAAGCAGUUGUUCCAGCCAAGGUUGUUAGAGAAAUAUUGAAGACAACUACAGAAGAUAUAGUUGAAGUCAAUAUAAACAAAAAUUUGGUGGGUUCUGCGAUGGCUGGUAGCAUAGGUGGCUACAAUGCACAUGCAGCAAACAUUGUGACAGCUAUCUACAUUGCCUGUGGUCAGGAUGCUGCACAGAACGUGGGCAGCUCUAAUUGCAUCACUUUGAUGGAGCGAACUGGUUUCACCAAUGAAGACCUGUACAUCAGCUGCACAAUGCCUUCUAUAGAAAUAGGAACUGUUGGCGGAGGCACCAACUUGCUUCCGCAGCAGGCCUGUUUGCAGAUGUUAGGGGUUCAAGGUGCAAGCCAAGAUAACCCUGGUGAAAAUGCCCGUCAGCUUGCUAAAAUUGUAUGUGCUACAGUGAUGGCAGGGGAAUUAUCACUAAUGGCAGCUCUUGCAGCUGGACACCUAGUCAAAAGCCACAUGAUUCACAACAGGUCAAAAAUAAAUCUGCAAGAUCUUCAAGGAACUUGCACUAAGAAGGCAGCUUGAAUACUAAAGCAGCUUUGAAAUGAAGAAUAGUUCUAGCAACUGACCAGGUG